AAACACUACGACGCUUUUCUUCUCUCGAGCGGAAAUUUCGAAAAUUUCCUGCGCUCAAACAACAGUAUGUCGAGUUUAUGGAGGAUUAUAUACAACGAGGACACAUGGAGGUGAUUCCUUCUAGUACCGUAGAAAACGGUCCCGCCAAUCACAAUUACUUAGCACACCACGCAGUAUUUAAACCAGAUAGCACCACCACGAAAUGCCGAGUUGUAUUCGAUGGCUCUGGGGAGGACUGCAAUGGAUCGUCACUUAAUUCACGACUACACAUCGGACCACCUAUUCAAAGGGAUUUACUUGGAGUAUGUCUACGUUUCCGUCAGCAUCGCUAUGUGUUUUGUACGGACAUUGAGAAAAUGUUUAGAGGCAUCCUGGUUUCAGAAGAUCACACGCAUUACCAACGGAUUGUCUGGCGAAAGGAGGAGACUGCUACACUCGAUCAUUAUCGAUUGCUGACCGUGACGUAUGGUUUAGCGUCUUCGCCGUUCUUGGCUGUUCGAGUCCUCAAGCAGAUCGCGCAAGAUCAUGCCGAUUUGUAUCCGAAGGCUGCUGCUGUGCUUGUACGAGACGCGUACGUGGAUGAUAUCCCUACUGGUUGCGAUAGUAUCGACGAUCUCAUUGCACUCAAAGAUGAAUUAAUUUUGCUAUUGAGCCAAGCUCAAUUUAAACUUCGAAAAUGGAGUUCAAACUGUUGGUCACUACUCAAAUCGCUGCCACAGGACAUUUGUGAGUAUCCACUUGAAGCCCUAGAGGGAAAGAGCCCAACUCAAUAUGUCAAGGUUCUUGGAAUACGCUGGGACCCGGCUGUGGACGAGCUUUCCUUCAAGUUGACCAUUCCCGACGCCACAGGGGUUCUGACAAAACGGAUUUUGCUGUCCGAGCUUGCCAAGAUCUACGAUCCACUGGGGUUGCUUGCCCCCACAACUGUAUUUCUAAAGGUUCUCUUUCAAGAUAGUUGGCUGAGCUCGGUCGACUGGAACGAACCACUACCCGCGCAGCUAUGCGCACGGUGGCAACAGUUUGUAGCUGAAGUUCAUUUACUGGAAAGCUGUCGCAUACCCCGCUAUCUAUCCUCGCCACUUCAAGCAACGGAGCUGCAUGGAUUCGCCGAUGCGUCAUCUCAUGCAUACGCCGCUGUCAUCUACAGUCGCGUGAGAGUCAAUAAUGACUACGCUGUAACACUGAUCGCCGCAAAAACCCGGGUGGCACCCAUCAAACCUAUCUCCAUCCCACGGCUCGAUACUUCGUGUUGGUCAGACUCCGAAAUUGUACUACAUUGGCUCUCAUCACCCCCACGGACUUGGAACACUUAUGUUUGUAAUCGCACGGCUGAGAUUCUAGAAGCUUGCCCACGUAGCUGCUGGCAACACAUUCGCACUGAGGACAAUCCCGCGGACUGUGCAUCACGCGGACUUUUACCAAAGGAUCUGGUAGAACAUCAACUGUGGUGGAAUGGACCACCGUGGCUUUCCCAAUCACAUCGCACUUGGCCACCUGUUAAGGCCAAGUUCGCACUGUCGACUGAGGACGCUGAGCGGAUGGAAGUAAAGGUCAAGCCCCAAGUUAGUCUACACAUUUCCAAUGAAGGAAAUGAUCUUAACUGUAUGAUCAACAAAGCUUCCUCCUGGUCACAUCUCUUGCGGACACUUAGCUAUUGCUUUCGGUUCGUACAUCGUCUUCGUUGCAAGGACCGCCUGUCAUCAUUUUUAUCGUCAUGGGAGCUUCAAUAUGCCCGCUCUAGGGUAAUCAAACAUGUCCAGAUGGAGUUCUUCCAAGUGGAGUACAGACAGCUGAGCACUGGACAAGCCCUUUCUCAAAAGUCCAAGUUGAUUCACUACACUCCAUUUGUUGACGACCAAGGAAUUCUGCGCGUAGGAGGACGCAUUGGAAACUCGAUGACAACCUAUGACGCAAAACAUCCCAUACUUCUUCCAAAGGAAUCACCAGUCGCUGUUUUAAUAGCUAGACACCAGCACGUCACAUCGUUACACGCUGGAGUCGAAUUUAUGUUUCACACGUUGAGACAGAAGUAUUGGAUCCUGGGAGCCCGUAACAUAGUCCGCAAAAUUGUAUUCAACUGCAAGAUAUGCUUCCUCCAGCGCAAAGGAACGAGUACACAACUCAUGGCUGAUCUUCCCGCCUUUCGCGUUCAGCCCACCCGCUGCUUUCUACAUUCUGGAUUGGAUUACGCUGGACCAGUUACCAUCAAGACAUCAGCAGGUCGGACACCGAAGUUUGGCAAAGCUUGGUUUGCCAUCUUUGUUUGUCUGUCCACCAAAGCAAUUCAUAUCGAGCUCGUCAGUGAUUUGACGACUCCUGCAUUUAUCGCCGCUUUCAAACGUUUUUGGUCUCGACGUGGCCCUAUAUCCGACUUGUACUCGGACAAUGGCACAACAUUCCAUGGAGCCAGAAAGGAACUAACGGAGAUGCAACGGAUAGCUGUAUCUCAAAGUCAAGACGAGGAAAUUGCUAAUUUUCUGACGAGUCAGGACAUCAACUGGCACUUCAUUCCGCCAUCUGCCCCGCACUUUGGAGGUCUUUGGGAAACAGGCGUACGAUCUAUCAAACUCCACCUUCGCCGAGUAAUUGGUAGCAGUGCGUUAACCUUCGAGGAAUAUUCAACAAUUUUAACUCAGAUUGAAGGGUUACUCAACUCUCGCCCACUGUGCGCGCCCAGCGAUCACAGCUUGGAUCCCCUUACCCCCGCUCAUUUUCUUACAGGUCAACCUCACAUGUCGGUGCCGGAGCCGUCCUUGUUAGACGUCAACAUUAACAGACUGCAGCGUUGGAGACAACUGCAAGCCAAGGUUCAAGGAUUCUGGAAACGUUGGAAUCUGGAAUACCUUACUUCCUUGCAACCUCGCACGAAAUGGCAGCAGGAGUCCAACGACAUAACCGUGGACACUCUUGUGGUACUGAAGGAGCCAAAUCAACCGCCUAGCAAGUGGCUGCUUGGGCGAAUCACCGAAGUUCAUCCUGGCCAAGACGAGAGGGUUCGAGUGGUCACCGUCAAAACCGCCCGAGGAGUGUACAAGAGGCCUAUUACCAAACUUGCUGUGCUUCCCUUGUUCUGAACAGUCGUUCAGGGGGGCCGGUAUGGUGAGAAAUGAGCCUCGUAGUUUUUACAUGUAUAUUGCGAUUGACCUAUUUACACGCUCAUGAUUGUAGUACACCGCCUAAGUAACUAUUUUUACGCGCAUAGCUGUGUUGUUGUUUACUCGGGUCCAGAACAUAGCUGUAAUGUUCUCACACGCAUGGCCAGACCCGCAGCUGCACACGCACACAGCGAUGCGUUCCGUUGUUUUGCAUUGAAACCGUCGCGUCGAGUCUUAUCGCGUGAUCUUUCAAUUCC